AUGCCGUAUGAUCGGCCGGAUAGUUUAUCUGUGCGACUUUCAUCUCCAAAUAAGUUAGCCAGCUUAGGUAGAAAUCACAGUGAACGAAAUCAAGCGGAAGAAAUUCCGCUUCCACCAGCACUUCAUCGUUUUUUAGUUGCGCCAACAACAAGAUCACCUUCUAGUCCUCAGUUAAAAACAGUACUUCGAUUAGCAGACGAAGACUUGGAAAAUGUGACCGUACAUGGGAAUAGCUUUGUCUUUCGAUGCAAUCAAUCGGGCAUUUCAAAAUCAUUUAGCAAAUAUACAUUCGAUCAGAUUUUUGCAUCCGAUGCUACCAUUCAACAAAUAUGUUCGGUUUGCUUGCCGGAUCUAUUGCAAACAUGUUUCAGCGGUUCUGAUGCGUGUUUUAUCUAUUUUGGUGCUGUAUCAAAAGCUAAAAAUGAAUUAUUGUAUUCGCAGUACGGUCGACAAGAUUUCGCAGCGGUAUCAUCGGCCAACACAACUUCAGAUUUAGCCGGUCCAUCAUCUGGAAUACAAUAUCCGGGUAUCUUUCCAUCUGCUUUGCUGCUCACAUUCCGGUUAAUAUCCGAAUUGCGCCAACGUCGACCGGAUUUUCACCAUUCUGUCCGUAUUUCGGCACUUUAUUAUUCUCAACGUCGUAAUCUACUCAUCGAUCUUCUUGCUUCGUUUAUUCUACCCGUCACCUCACAUGAUAUUGUUACUAUUCGAGAAGAUUCCGUACUGGGAAUCAAAAUUGAGAAUCACAGUGAAUUGAGAGUAGAUUCGGUGAAACAAGCAAUGUUGAUGAUCAAUGAUGUUAUUCAGGCUAGAAUAACCGAAGAUGAAAAUGAACAACGAUGUGGACAUCUUUUCUUCUAUAUCAAUUUGUAUAGGUACAAAAAAAAUACAUCCCAAUUGAUUGGUGGCCGAUCACGAUUAUGUCUGGUAGAUUUAGGACUUGGUGAACGGACAUCAAAAGGGGACGUACAAGCAAUGACAAUGCCUGUUAUUACUAAUCUAUUAGUUGCACUGUUUCAGGGACAACGAUAUCUCCCAAGCAGACAAAGUCCUUUGUGUAUGUUAUUAAAAGAAUCACUUGGUAGUGCACAAGUGAAAGCAUCGCUUCUCUUUGCUUCACUUUCCGAUCGAGUUUCGGAAUCUGAAAAUAUUUUACAAAUGAUGUCAAAAAUACAGCGUGCUGCUAAACCACGAAAAACACACCGUAUUGGAAGUGAUUCAUCGUCUUCUGAUUCUACUCGUCGACGUCUAGCUACAAAUAGUGAAGGUAAUUCGAGUUCAGAGCAAUCAUGCGCCGAAACGGUCAUUUUCCUUGGACCAUCUGUUAGAAUAGAACCGACUGCUGAACAACAACAGCCAAAACGAAGGACAAAUGGAAAUACAAUUGAUUCCGCGAAACGAAAAAUGAUCCUAGACUGGAUCAAAGAUACUCAGGAAAGCAGCUAUUCUCAACCUGCCAAGAUUAGUGUUUGUGUGCAGUGUAACGAAGAUGACAUAGACAUGGAGAAUCUGCAACAGUAUGGUUGUCGGCGACAGUUGGAUGAUAUUUUGGAGGAUGACGAAGAAGCCAGUGGAUGUCAUUCACCGCGGAGCCUACCAACCACCGAACAAUUUCUAGAGUCUUUUCAAAAUAUUGGCACUCUUCAGCAGCCGUUGAGUAUUCUUAGUCUGGAUAAAAUUUCCGCUUCAACAUCCGGAAAAAGUGCAUCCGAAAAUGAAGUGGAAGACGACGAUUUAGAACGAGCGAUGGCUGCUAGUAUCAGUUCCAUUCGUUCACAUGAAAUACUUUCACGAUUAAAUGAUGAUUUAUCGGAAAUCCACUCUGAGAAUAUAUCGGAAAGUGAUAGUUCAUUAUCGGGAUUUUAUCGAGGAAUAAUGAAACCGGAAGCUUAUACAGAAGAAAAAAUGCUCCAAUUUACAGAAACCUAUGAGAAGAAGAAGAAGAAAAAACUUGUUCCAUUAAGCUGUUGCAGAAGUAGUAUGCUUUCAUCAGGAAGUAGCGGUGGCUAUGGACAACCUAACUCAUUUGCUAUUCUAAAAACAAUUGAGAAACAGGACACAAAUGAGAAUAACCAGCUGAAAAGCGGUACUUUUCCGCCACCUUUAUUGGAUCAAUCAAUGGUCAUCAUGAAAAAUAGCAAUAGUAUUCCAAUGAGUAGUACCACAACAGUACCACGAUCCAGUACACAUCCGUUAAACAAUUGUCUUGCUAAGAAUAAUCGAUCCGAAGCACUGACGAAAAGUAAGCUACCACGACGAACUGCGGAAAAUAAAGUUUCUCCCGAAAAACAGCCAAUGUUAUUGGAACGUACGCCAUUGCAAUACUUUACAAACAAAAGUUCACGUCGUGAUUCAUUGGAUUCUAAAAAAGAAGCUAAGAAAGGUAAACGCAUUAUUGAAAGACGAAAUUCAAGUGAUGCCAAUCAAAGGACGACAACUUUUGUACCUUCACCUUAUUCCAUGGUAACUGAUGCAAAGCAGGAUACGGGAGCAUAUUCGUCAGGCCAUGGUAGCGACGAAAAUGGUUCAAUUUAUAGUCGACCCCUGUUGACCUUAUUAUCACCUCGUUCUAAUCGACCUCGAAAUCGGGAAAGUUUCUCGGCUAGUAGUGGUUAUGAAAGUGCAACUGGUGUGGAUGUUGUCAAAAAUUAUGGGUCACUUUCAAAAAGGCGACUGUUCGAAGUGUCACGGACUUAUUCUUCAAAUAAGCAUUCAUUACUAAUGGAUAAACGAGUUAAUUUAAUUAUUAGACGACAAAAUCAUCUUCGUGAUGAUUUACGUGAAGCAAAACGUCUACUAGGUGUUGCCGAUGAGCAUUUCCUUACUGCAUCUACAUCGAGUCUACAAGGAACUACCUUAUUAGAAGCACUUACUCAGGAAACGAGAAUUUUGGAGAAACGUUUGAUAGCGUGCCGCAAUCAUGCAAUGAUCGUAACGUGCCUUUUGUGA